UGCGAUUCAAAGGACUGACCCUGACAGGUGUAGGCUUUGGGCAAACACAAAUGCAGGCGUCUCCGUUCAUGCCCCAGUACGUGAUCCAGCAGCAACCUGAACUGGGUCUCCCCCAGAUGGUGAACUUUAACCCCCAGGUGGGAGGCCCUUUCGGCCCCCAGAAGAUGUUCCCUACACAGGGGAACCAGCUGCCCCCCGUGCUGUACACCAAUGCCCAACAGGAGCAUCCUGGCGCCCCCCAGGACCCCAACAACCACAAUUUCCAAAUGAACCCCCAGCAACCUCAAAACCCUGCACAGGGGGUUCCCCAGUUUCCUCAGUACUACCCAUCCUUUUCAUAUCCCCAGCAACCAAGAAUGCAGGGCUACCCCUACUACACGUCUUAUGGUUACCCCAACUACCCCCAGCCUAACCAGAACAACCAGGUGAACGGGCAGAACCAGCAGAACUCGGAGAAGACCCCUCAGAAACCACAGCUCCCACUACAGGCUGCCCAACCUCAGGCACCAGGAAAAACAUGGCCUAAAAGAUUCCAGACAGAGGCUGCCAACCCUCCACCAGAUCACCGUGGAGACACAGUUGACCCUGGCAUAGACGAGGGUCAUCCCAACUUCUCAUUCCUGUUUGAGCCAUAGAAUUGCAUGUGGGGGCAAGGAAAAUUGAGG